AUGCGGCGAGGAAUCCGUUCGCUGAGUGGCGCGCAGGGGACCACGCAAGGGUUGCAAGGCGCCCGUCGCUCGCAGCACGAACGGCAGCUGUUGAUUUUUUCCCGUCCGCGAGCUGGUGGCGUUUUCCCCGCCACCACCCGCACUAGGCGCCUCAUCUCCGCCGUGGCCCUGCGUUUCCACUCGCUCCUUAUUUCCGCCGUGCGGCUCCCGCUCCACCUCGUGCGCGCUUCCUCCGCUAUGCACCUUCCCGCGUCCCCCUGGCUGCGCGCACUCGCGGGGCUCUCCGCCGCGCUCGCGCUCGCCUGCCUCUACGCCGCUGUCUCCGCCCCCUCCGCCUCCCUCCUCUCCGCCUUCGUUUCCGCGGGCGGGGAAGGCGGGGGGAGUGAGCGCGAGGAUGCGCGGAACGAUGUGAGAGCGGAUUUAGGCGAGCGAGAUUUUGAUGGCGCGGAGUUGGGAGAGGGGGAGAUGGGGGAGGAGGGAGCGGGGCAGGCGGAGUUAGGGCGGGCGGACCUGUUUGCGCUGGCAGCAGAGACGGGGCGAGAGGGGGAGGGAGGGAGCGGAAGGGAGAGAGGGGGAGGCAAGGGCGAGGAGGAUGCUACACUGUACCCGGCACUGGAUGGCAGGUGGGCACUGGAUGGCAGCUCGCCUGUGGUGGCGCUGCUAGCAGCUCACAGGCGGCGCAUGCGGCAGCGAGUGGAGGAGGCGAGGGCGCAGGCAGAGCAGGACGAGCAGCGCCUGCACGCUGCUGUCACGGCCGCCGUGCGGCAGCUGCAGGUGGACCGCGCAUCGCUGGGGGACAGCUUCCCCCUGCUGGACGAGGCGGCCGCUUCAACCAUUGCCGCGCUGCCACCUGGCAGCGACAGCCUGGCGCAGAUCCACGCCAUGCUGGCCGCUGCGCCACGUGUCAACGUGGGAGAGGUGGACGUGGGGGAGGGGGAGGGUGGGAGUGUGGUGGAGGGAGAAAGCACAGGCGCAGCAACCGGGGGUGUAUCUGAAAAUGUGGGGAGGGCUGAGAAAUGGGCGGUUGGGAAUAGAGAAGUGGGGGAAGCAGAAGUGGAGGAGGCGGUGGGGGAAGCAGUGGGGGAGUGCAUGGAUCUGUAUUUCGUGGCGGAGGGGCACCAGACGCGAUUCCACAUCGCCACGCAGAAGCAGCAGCAGGCGGACAGGGAGGCGGAGCUGAGGCAGUUCAUGCUGGGGCAGCUGAGAGCACUGGACGACCGGCGGGAGUGGUGGGUGGCGCUCAACCUCACGGGCGAGGAAGCUAGUGAAAAGCUCAAGACAAUGCCCGAUGGCGCAGGUACGUGUGACGCGCCAGGUGGAACGGAACAGAAAACAAAGCUAUCGGAGUUCCUCUUCUGCGACCUGCUCUUCCACACCUGCUUUGACUCCUCUGUUCCGCUCCUUCCUGCCACACUCUCUCCAACCCCGUUCCUCUGCCUCCCUCAGAGAAGACCAGGCUAUCGGAGUUCCUUUUCUGGUAUCUGCCCUUCCAACCCUCAACCCUCUCCCCAUCCCCCGUGCCUCCCACCAGAGAAAACAAAGCUAUCGGAGUUCCUUUUCUGGUAUCUGCCCUUCCAGGCCUGGUUCGACUCCGAGGGGCCUGACCACCCCAAGGCCGUCGCUCACGUGGAGGAGCAGCGCGCUGUGCUGGCAGCCGCCACGUCAGCCGCCACGUCAGCAAAAUCAACCCUGAAAGCCACUCAAGAUCUUCUAUGGGAGGAGUGCGGGCUGCGGCUGCCCCACAGCAACUGGACGGACGAGCAGAGCGCACUGCUGGAGCGAUACGCUGCUGUGGCCAACGUGUCCGGAUGCACCGAACAGUGCACCGACUGGGAGGCUAUUUACCCCGAGUACGAAACCCAACCGGGGCUAGUCGCCCCGAAGCACGUGUGGCAGAAGCUCCCAGAACACUACCCCGACACCCGCCCCAACAUCUCCUUCAUUGUCACCUACAGCGGGCGAGCAGAGCGCGUGCUGGUGCUGGUAUCCCGCCUGUACGCGUGCACACACGGCAUGGCGGGGACUGGUUCCCUACCGGGCAUUCGGGCAGAGAUGCUGGUGAGUGUGAUGCACCCCGAUGAGACUCUCGAGGCGUGGAUGCAGGCGCGGAACGACACUGCAGAGGGGAUAUUCGUGGUGCCCGUGCUGCCGAGGCUGGGAGCCGCACCGAUGAUGUUGAACGACCUGGCGAGGAUGGCACGCGGGGAGGUGGUGCUGAUGCUGCAUGGGGACGCGCUGCCGCCCGCCUCGUGCCUCUGGCUGGAUAGGAUGCUGGCUGCGUUUGCCUCGUGGCCGCGCCUGGCAGUGGCAGGGUUUCGCACGGAUGGCUUGGGAGAGGCUGGCAGCGCAGGGGAGGCAGUGGGGGGAGAGGAGGUGCCGCAGAUGGCACCUGCUGCUGCCAGCUUGCGGUACUGGAGGGGGUUUGCAGAGGAGAUGGCGGGGAGAGGGACAGCCAGUGGGGGAGGGAGUGGGGAUGCAGAGAGACUGGAGGGAGGGGAGGGAGGGGAGGUGGGGUGGAGGGACCCCGAGACAGGGGUGGCGAUGCACUUCACGGGGCUGGUAACCGCGUUCCCUCUGGUGGUGAGGCGCUCUGUGCUGGAGGACAUGGGGUGGCUGGAUGAAGCGGACUUGCGGCAAGGAGAGGCGGCUGUCAUGAGCGACUGGCACCUGUGCUGCCGCACAUGGCUCUCAGGUUACCAGGUGGCGCGCCUGCAGCUGCAUACAGGGGAUGGCGACCAUGGGGACUGGCUCACCGUGACGCGCGCACGGCACCGCCACGUGCUGCCAGGGCGGGGAGCCUUUGGUGGGGAAGAGCAGGGCGGUGCGGUGGAGUAUGGGGAGUACGACGCAGCGAUGGCCGGGUACCACGAUGACAUUGUCAAGGAGGUCGCUCGCUUGAAUGGGCUGCUUGUUCGCAAUAGAGUGAACGGCGGCGAGACACGUUCAUACGAACCGCUGCCUGACGACGGCGGCGGCGGUGGCGCGAAACGCUCUCCGCCUCACACGGAUUCGAGCAGAGAAACUUCCUAUAUUAGUGUCGACGCAAUCGAUACCGCAAACAGCGCCGCGGCUUCGGACGCGCCGGCGGCGACACGCGGGCACGGCGCCAGCGGAGGUUCCGCCGGCGGCGCAGUGGAGGAGGCUCGCGGUGCGCGCGACGAGCAAGCGCAGACGGCGGAGGCGGGACGCGCUGUAGCGGACGGAAUCCCGGCGGAAGGGAUGGCGGGGGAGGGAGGGGCGGAGGGGAAUGUUGGGAUGCAGAGCGCCGCGCAAGGCACCCGCGGAAAUGGCGAGGUGGCGGGGGAGGAAGCGGGAAGCGCUGGCGCUGAUGGCGCGGCGGAAGGUGUGGGGAGGCUGGCCGCGGACGAGGGGGAGGCGACGGGGAGAGGGGAGGCGGAGGGAAGCGGAAAGGAGGAGAGGAAGGGCGAGAGCAGCGGCAAAGAGCAGAAUGCAGGGGGGCAAGUGGCGCGCUCCGUGGAGCGCCACCAGCGCGCGCAGCAGGCCGCGGGCGCGCCUAGGGGUGAGGGGCAGGCAGGCGGGGGGAAUGGUGCGGCGGGCAUACUCUCCCCCCAGCAUGGCCACGCGCCCCACCACGCCUUCACGGAUUCCGCCCCCCUGCACGCGCCCCUGCACGCGCCCCCGCACGCGCCCCUGCACGCGCCCCUGCACCACCCCCUGCAUGCCCCGCUUUCCCCACUACGCGCGGGCGGGCGGUUGCAGCAGCUACAGGCGGAGGAGUGGGGGGGCGGGGAGGGGGGCAUGGGGCGCGACGUGAGCACGAACAGCAACAUGGGCGCGGCGGAGUGGCUGGAGGGGUGUUUGGAGGAGGAGGAGGAGUGGCAGCAGUGGCGCAUCGAUCCCCAGCAGCUCGUCAUCAAGAGCUUCCUUGCGCGCGGCACCUAUGGCUCCGUGCACCGCGGGGAGUACAGAGGAAAACAGGUGGCCGUGAAGCUGAUGGACUGGGGCGAGGUGGACAAGGCAUCGCGCGCCAAGCUCACCUUCCUGCGAGACGUGUUCGCCCAGGAGGUGCUCGUUUGGAGCACACUGCAGCACAAGAACAUCUGCCAGUUCGUGGGGGCGUUACUGGGUGGGCCCGACACGUACACCUUCCCGUCGACGGUGGAGGACCACCGGGGCGUGCUGCGCGUGGGCAGCCACGUGUGCUGCGUGGUGCUGGAGUUCCUGGCAGGCGGCACACUGAAGCAGCUGCUCAUGAAGCACUACCACAAGAAGCUGUCCGUGCACCGCGUCGUGCAUUUAGCACUUGAUAUUGCUGAGGGGUUGGAGUAUCUGCAUUCAAGGGGCAUCGUGCAUCGCGAUGUGAAGUCGGAUAACAUGCUGCUGGACAAACACCACCGGGUGGUGAAGAUUGCAGACUUUGGGGUAUCACGGGUGAAGUCAGACAACGGCACCAUGCACCACAAGACCGGCACCUACGGCUACAUGGCUCCUGAGGUAUUAAAGGAGCGGCCGUACGACCACAAGGCGGAUGUGUACAGCUACGGCAUCCUGCUGUGGGAGAUCUACUGCUGCGACAACCCCUUCCCCUACCAUGACCUUGACUCCAACGAGAUUGCUUCCACUGUCAACCAGGGCCUGCGACCGGACAUCCCAUCAUGCUGCCCGCCACAGCUGGCGGAGCUGAUGAGGCGCUGCUGGCAUCAGGACGCAGGCAAGCGGCCAGACAUGAGCGAGGUGGUGAGGCGCCUCAAGGCCAUUGACUGCCGUCAUGCCACGCCCAUGCGCCCCGUGGAGGGCGAUGACUCCUCCUGCUCCCUCAUGUGA